AUGAGUUUGCCUCGAAAAUUCUUAAUUUAUUAUGAAGAUGAGCAUCGUGAGCUUUGCGAUGAGCCAAUUGAGAUGGAGAUAGCGAUACGGACGGAAAAAUUCAUAAAAUUAGAGGAAUCGAUGAUUAUGAAAAAACAUCCAAAAGAUGAGGCGUUGAGCACGAAUUUGGCGGAUGAGAAAGACUUGACAAUUCAUCCGUCAUCGCUUCAAUUUGGCCGUUAUAUUGGCGAUGGCACGCACGCUGCUGUUCGAUUAGGAUUUCAUGAGCCGACGAAUGCUUGGUACGCGGUGAAAACGAUAUUGUCGAGGAAUGGCGGCCAUGAAGCGGUACAGAAGGAGAUAUUGGCUUAUCAGGAGUGCUCGAAAUCCGAUUUUGUCGUACGAUUCUAUGGCUCAGAGGUGUCAUCGCAGAAGAAGGAGCUUGUUCUUGAGCACAUGGAUCGAGGAGACGUCAAACAUCUUGGAAUUCUGCCCGUCGAGAUUCAUCAGCAAGUCGCUCUGGCGGUUAUCAAAGGUUUGAGGGACGUGUGGCAAAGUGGUCCCGGCUAUAUUCAUCGAGACAUCAAGCCGGCGAAUAUUCUGCUCAAAUCGGACGGAUCGGUGAAAAUUGCCGAUUUGGGAGAAGCCAAGCGAAUCGACAACACGAAUCAAAUUGCGUGCUCCGCCGCUGGCACAUUAUUCUACCAGUCGCCGGAGCAAUCAAGUGGACGAGAUUACGACAAUAAAGUGGAUGUUUGGAGCUACGGACUCACAUUGUGGGAGUUGGCCGUCGGAGAGAACAUUGAAGAAUACUUCAACGCCCUUGAAGACAUUCAGGAGAAUAUGCCCCGAAUCCCUGGAUUUCCCGAAUCGUUGACAACUCUGAUAAAGAAUUGCUUGAAAUGGGAUCCCGCUGAUCGUUGGGAUGGCGAGCAGAUCGAGAGCAGCGAUUACCUGAAAGACGUGAAGAUUGACCGCGAGAUUGUGAGGCGGUUCCUUGAAAACACAUGA